UUCACGUAUGUCUUGGCUUUGUCUUUUCGCAGACGUUAGUACAGUAAGGACUCUACUCUGUCUGCCCGCCUCCUGCUUCUAUUCACUCGAUCAGCGAGUCUCGUUUCGCUCAUUUGUUGCGAGUUGGCUGCUGCUAGCGUUAGCUCCCAUCACUGUGGACUUCCAGCUAGCGACACUAGCCGCCGCUAGCUAGCUAACUGUCCAUUCCUGACUGUCUGCACAACUCCUGGCGACAAUAAUCUCUGUCCGACUGUCACACUAUCGCUAAUAUACUGAAUGUAGAUGGCGAAUACAAUGCCAGCCCCAAAGAGAGGAUCGUCUCCUCAUGAUUCUCAGCCCAAGAUGAGGAAGUUGGAUGAUGAUGGGGAGGAUCUGCCAUCCAAAACUGCAGCAGCUGCCAAUAAUCGGUCCCUUAAAACAGGAAAUACACGAGAAAACACAGCAGCCCCACGGACUAAGAUAAAACUGUCUACUUCGGCGGAAGGGGGGAAUAAGCCAUCCAAACAGAGUUCCCCUCCAAAAGAUUCCAGCAAAACCUUUUCUGACCCACCUGUCAAAAAAGCCAAGCUCCUGAUAGCCACAAGUGCCUCCUGCGGAGAAGCUCCCGCACAGAAUGCUAACUCUAAAGCUUCCCUGAAGCGAACGGCCUCCACAGAGUCCGAGGAUGAUUUGAGUAGUGACAGUGGUAAGACCGACCUCUUCAGAGAGAGGGAUGACGGCGACAAGGCCCGCUGCAUAAGAAAAUAUUCCAAUCGAGUCAAAGCGAAGCGCAAGGUUGAAGAGUCGGCGUCUGACACACAGGAGACGAGCAGAGGGUCGCCAUCGGCGCCUGGAGACCCUGUUCAGAUGGACCACAAUUAUGGUAGAUUUUCAGAUUCAAGCGUGGGAGAGGAGAAUCAGGAGGAGAAAAAAGAAUCUGACACUGAACAACAGAGACAAGAAAUUUCAGUUAAUGCCACACAAGCAGAGUCUAAGGAAACGUUUGUCUCUAUAGCAGCUAGCACUGGAUUUGAGUGUGCAGCUGAUGAAAGUAACCACGAGGAAUUAAAAGAUCCAGACAGCCAAAAUCUCAUAGAUAAUGACACGGAAGCAUCAUGUAGAGAAAUAUUGGACUCUGUCACUGCAACAGUUGCAGGUUUGCCUUGCAUCACAUUUAAGGUGGGGGAUAAUGAAAAGAUGGACUUUGCCACCCAAAGCCAAAAGGAUGUAGAUAAGGAAUCGCCUGCAACGUCAGUGGAAACACUAUAUUCUAGUACUGGAGAGGCAAAUCCAGGCUGUGAAGUUGAAGUGCAGGUAGAUGAAAGGACAGCUUGUAGAACAGAUGUGAGCGGUGAAACUGAAACAAAGGAGACUACAGAGUUUGUUUCUGAGGAGAUAGAUCAUGAUGUCAAAUGUAGCAAGGAAGGAGAGCAGGAAGUGAUAGAAGCAGCCAGCGUCUCUGCAGACCACUGUGGUGCAGAAGAUAAAGCGUUGUCAAACUCUGCACCAGAAGUGAUCAUGGUAGGAGGCAGUAAUCCAGAAAGUCAGACUGAGGAAAAGCUAACAACAGAGACUCAAACAGACCUCAGUGUCAAAAUUCAAGUUACCUUCAAAGAGGAAUCGAAAUCGGAGGAUCAAGUGAGCCAGGAAGUACCAGGUACAAUUACCAACUCAUGUGACAGUGUGAACAAACUAGUCCGAAGGUCUGAAGAAAAGCUGGAAGAAAGUGAAAGGAGAGGCGUGGAGUUCCUGUUGACUCCGACUGUUGCUGGUCCUGGGUCUUUUGCUGAGCUACAACUGAGCCAAGAGGUGCCGGACAAAACAACUCACAGCCGUACUGAAGUACCGACACCAGAUAGUGAGUUAGUUCCAGAGCUAAAUCAAAGCGAGGUGCUCUCCGAUUGUGUCUCAGAUGGUCCGACUGAUGUGGACAUGCGGACUAAAAUAACACCGGAGGAGAGGUCUGACUCAGCACCUGAAGAAGAUAAACAAAACCAGGGAAACCACAAAGUUGAAGACCACAUGACAGGAACACCUGUCGAAGUCAAAGAAGAUGCAAUGACGAGUAAAGAAGAAGAAAAGGAGAUGAACUUUGAAUGUGCCACUGCAACACCACAGCAGGAGAUUUCUAAUAAUGUGGCUACAGUGGAAAUACAAAGCCAGAAUAACCAGGGUGUCAGUGAACGCGCCACAGACAUAUCUACAGAAUUUAAUGAGCAUCAUGUGUUCAAUUCUAGAAUAAUUGAAAAUGAAGACGAGAACUUUGAAUGUACUAGUAGUGGACCUGAGAGAUGGACUACAGCGGCAUCAGAGAUUUCUAAUCCUGUAUCUACAGUGGAAUUACAAAGCCAGGAGAGACCAGGAGACAGUGAACGCACCACGGACAUGUCCGAUAUAGCACAGAAACAGCCAGUUGCGAAUUGUCAGAACGGCAAAGAUGAAGGCAGGGUCGAUGCUGAAUGUGUUGCUGCUACCGAGAGUCAAAUAGAAGCGACUACAAGGGCAUCAGAGGAGACUAACGUUGCAUCUACAGUGGAAGUAAAAAGUCAGGAGAACAGGGAAUCUACCACACACAUGUCUGCUGAACAUCAUGAGGAUCAUGAGGUUGAAAAUAUGGAAAAAGAAAACAAGUUGAGCUUUGAAUCUGUGACUGUACCAGAGAGUCAAAUCGAAAUGGAAACUCGGGCUACAUUGACAUCAGAGGUUUCAAAUCCAGUUGAAAUAGAGAAAAGCCAAGUAGAAGUGGACAUGCAGGCUACAACAGCAUCAGAGGAGAUAUCUAACACAGCACCUACCGUGGAAAUACAAAUUCAGAAAAGUCAAAAUGAAGUAAAUGUGGAGACUGCAGCAGAAUCAGUGGAUAUUUCUAACAUGGUGCCAACAGUAGAAACACAGUCCCAGAAGAGCCCAGAAGUCAUCGAACCUGCUAUAUUGACUGAACGUCAUGAGGAAGAAAACAAGCUGAGCUUUGUGACUGUGUCAGAGAGUCCAAUGCAAAUGCAGCCUACAUCGACAUCAGAGGUUUCAAAUCCAGCUGCUUCGGUGGAAAUGGAUAAAAGCCAAAUAGAAGUGGACAUGCAGGCUACAACAGCAUCCGAGGAGAUAUCUAACACGGCACCUCCAGUGGAAAUACGAAGUCAGAAAAGUCAAAAUGAAGUGAUUUUAGCGACACCAGUGGAGAUUUCUAACAUGGCGCCUACAGUAGAAACGCAGGCCCAGAGGAGCCAAGAAGUCAUCGAACCUGCAGCUGACAUAUCUGAGAAAGAUCAAGAAGGUCUAAUGAUUCAGACUCCAGAGAGAAAUGAAAACAAGGUUAUCACAGAAAGUGUUAGUGCACCUGAGAAUCAAAGAGAAGUGGAUUUGCAGACAACAGCAACACCAGAGGCGACUUCUCAUCAGACAACUGCAGUAGAAACACAAAACCAGAGAAGUCUGAAGGUCAAUAAACUCACUACAGAUGCUGAAGUACUUCAAGAAUGUAUCGAUGCCAAUUCUGAGAGUGAAGAAAACGCGGAAAAGGUUAUUGCAGAAUGUGCGGAUGCCACUGAGAAUCAAACAGAAAUGGACGCGCAGACAACAGCAACGCCAGAGAAGAGUCCUAAUCCACCACCUCCAGUGGAAACACAAAGCCCUGGGAGCCAGGACAUCAGUGAACUCAACGCAGAAGUUCAAACGGAUCUAGUGAGCAUAAGUUAUGAGCGUAAGGAAAAUAACGACGAGUUUAACGCUGAACGUGUUGAUGUUCCAGAGGUUCAAAUAAAUAUGGAAACUUCUACAACGCCAGAGGAGGUUUCUGAAGCAGCAGAACAGCAAAACCAAGGUACGGAGGACGUCCAUGAUACCGCCGUGGUCUUAUCAAAUGAAACUGACGAGCCUCUUCCUAUGGCUGAAAGUAAGGAUAGUGAAAACAUGCAGAGUGCUGAUGAUAUCCAAGUGGAUAUGGAUGUAAUUAGUGGAUCAAUAGGAGGGGUAGAUUCUGCUUUAGAAGAGGAAACAGGGAGACGAGUGAUUAAUGAGGUUAAAGAAGAGGCUGCAAACAUUUCCUCUGAUAAGGCUGACGGUGAUGUUGUCGCUGUCAGUAAUAUUGAAGGACACGCAGAAGGAGCUGGAAGCAAUGAAGUGAUAGUUUUUGUUUGUGGCCAACCAGACGACGUCGAUAUUGUAAUUCAGGUGUCAGACGAGCAGAUUAAGACGGUUAAUCAGUCAGAGGUUGAGAUUCAUGAAAACCAGAUAGUGUAUGAGCCCAUUAGUAGUCCGGAAAGUAACGAUGAGAGAGAGAUUUCUACAGCAUCGGAGAACCACAACGGUGUGUCUUUACUGGACAUACAGAGCACCCAGCAGAUGGAAGGACAUUCGCCUACUGAUGAAGGAAACCGUUGUAACAAACAACUGGAAAGUGCCAAGCAACCAGUUUGCGUCUCAGACGGCCAAGAAGUUGAAAUGGAAGCACAAACUGUCCGAGUGCCAGAGAGUCGUGUCCCUGCACAGUCGGAGCAGAGUAACAUGAAUGAGGAUGUGAAACAAGUAGCAGAGAUCAGCUCUAGCGAUGACAUCAGCAGGCCAGAUGGCCAGUCAGGAGAUGCCCCAGAAACAAGUGGAAGCAAUGGGUCUCCAGACUGCGUCAGUGCCACAGAGCUUCCUGAGCACGUGCAGGAGGACUCCGGAAUUCAGGAGGUUUCAGACGUCACGGUGACGACGACUACAGCCACCACCACAGUCGAAAUGCCAGAUAGCACAUCUGAGGAGUUUGUGAUCUUAGAACCGAUCCAAGAGGGUGAAAUUCACUUCGAUAUUGUCACUCAAGCAGCGGCCGAAUCGGGUUUGUCAGACUCUCUUUUCGAACAGGUGAAUCCAGACAGUGCUCUGGAAGGUGACACGGAAAAUGAAAUGAUUUUAAAUGGUUCCCAAGAAGCCGUCUUCCCUGAGGCAGAAGUGCAGCAAUGUGAAACAACUGAUGAGAUCAAAGUGACUAAUUCAAGCGAGGUUUUAGAUCAGGGGAGCACGAUUGAGACAGAAAUCGCAACCGAGGAAGGUGUUGAAGUUCCUGAAAAUUCUGAUCAAAGCCAGCAACCCUCAUCCGCCAUGAUGGACAGUAAUACCUCAGAGGUUGAUAUGGCAAACCCUCACGCUCAAGUCACGAAUGAAAGCUGCGGUGCACUGGUGAUGGAGAACGCUGAGGUUAAUUUGGACCUACAAGAAGUGCAGAUUCUGGAGGAUAUCGAGAUCGGUCGUGAGAUCAUAGUAGCAGAGGAGGAGAAUGAUGAUAGUGAAGAUAUUGACAUUACAAUAAUAGAAAAACCCCAGGAAAUACCCGAGGCAGUCCCCCCCAAAGAGCCUGAGAAAACGGUUAAUGAGAAAACUAAAGAUGACACUUGUGGGACCAGCUUGAAGCAAAACAGCACAGCUGAAAAGACUGAAGAUGAUAAAAAGAGACCGGUGGCAGAGAAACCGAAGAAACAAGAAAUGAACACACAGGCCAGAACCAAAGCCCGUCUGGCAGCUCUGGCCGAGCAAAAGGCUGCUGCCUCUAAGAGAACGGCGAACAGACAGCAGCUGAACCUCUUGGCUUUGUGUCAGGAGAUCGCAGAGGACAUUGCUACAGACAGCAUGCUGUUGAAGAGGAUAGAAGAAGAGAAACAAGCGGCAGCAGCAAAAGUGGCAGCAGCAGCCAAGAGCGAAGCCAGCAAGAAGGAAAGUCCACCUGUCAACACACAGGAGGCAGACCCUGUUAUAGUUGCGACUCCUGCUGGACCAGAAGGGAGCUCUGCUUCGGUGACCCCUGCUGAGGCGGCAUCUACAGCCAAGCCAUCGACGGACGUUUCAGCUGAGGCCAAGCCUCCCGCAGUGGCGGCUCCAGAGCCUCCAAAGAGGCGUUUCUUCGUCACACAGAUUUCUGUGCCACUGAAAGCCCACGAGAAAAAGAAGCUAACCAGAUAUCAAAGACUAAGACAGGUUGAACUGCAGAGAGAGAAAAUGUCCUGGGCACGUGUAAAGAAACUUAAAUCUGACCAAGCAAAUCAGAUGUUUUCAGACAUGGAUUGGCAAGUACCCCUGUCUUCAUCCUCUCCAUUCUCAGGGAGUCCUGUGACCACGGCUCCUCCACCUGCAGCAAGUCCAUCAAAAACACCUCUCCCAAGUCCUGCCUCAACUAGCAAGCCUGCAACACCCACGCCAGAAGUCCCCAAGGUUGACCCUCCUAAGCCUGAACCCAGUACGGCUGAGCCCACUAAAACGGAAACUUCCAAAAGUGAACCCACUAAACCUGAACCUGACAAAGCGGACGCCUCCAAAACUGGGACUCCGAAUGCUGGAACCCGUAAAUCCACAAGGCAAACUAAGGCUCAAACUGCUAAAGAGACCCCUGCUCCGGCGCCCACCCCAAAAGUGACCAGAUCAGCAGGUAAGAGGACGCUCCCGGCGGUACCCCCGCCCAUGCCCAACGGAGUUAAUGCGCCAAAACAGAAGCCUGUUGAGUACAAGCCAUACAGACCCAGGCCCAAGUAUUCUUUUGAUGACUUUCAACUGGAUGAUGACCCAUUACCAGUAGCUGCAACAAAGCCCGGCCUUCAGUCGAGGCCCGCGCAGCAGACACGACCGAAUGCAGCUCAAUCUAGACCCACGGCUUCAUCACAUCCCGCCCACCAGGCGACACUCAAAGCUCAGACCACGCCUGCUGGACAGAUCUCGGGUCAUUCAAAGCCCGCCGUCGCAGCGUCGCCUCAGUCAAAGCCUGCUGGUUCCACCGCUCCACAGUUACCGCCCGCCGUUGCAACAGCACCCCAGUCAAAGGCCACUGCUACUGCCGCAGCUUCUUCAAAACACGGACCUUCGGUUAAAGCUCAAAUUAAGUCUCCUGUUUCGACGACGCCCCAUUCAAGCGCUGUGUCAGCUGCUCCGGGUCAGUCCAAGCCCGCUGCGUCUGCUUCACCGCAGUUAAAGCCUGUUGGAAGUGGAAGUGCAGCUCAGCUAAUGACGUCUCAGGCUGCGGGUUCAACCACACCUGAGCCCUCUGCUUCUACGGCCGAUGGUGGUUCAACGCCCCAGAAAACCCCAAAUGCACCAUCAUCAGAAGAUGGCAAAUGCAAGGAUACAGCUGAUCCCACCUCUGCCAUCCCCGCUGAAGACGGCUUGAAAGUGUCAGAUGAUGCACUGAAGAGUGAAGAAAAGCCUGCAGUCACUGGCGUUGAUCCUUCUCCGGAGAACAAGACAGAAACGGUCGAUUCAGCCGAGAAGACACCGGAAGAACCUCAAGACAGAGCAGCGGAGCCGCAGGAUGCCAGGACUCCUCUCUCUGAUGCCUGUCUGCAAAAAGAAGUCAAGAAGCUAAAGGAGGCUGACAAAGAUGGCACCCAAACCAUUAUUGAUGCAGGGCAGAAGCACUUUGGAGCAGUGGCCUGCAGCGUGUGUGGGAUGCUCUACUCUGCUGCCAACCCUGAAGAUGAAUCCCAACAUUUACUCUUCCACAACCAGUUCAUCAGCGCUGUCAAAUAUGUGGGAUGGAAAAAAGAGAGGAUACUGGCAGAGUAUCCUGACGGCAAGAUCAUUCUUGUCCUGCCAGAUGAUCCCAAAUAUGCUAUAAAGAAGGUGGAGGAGAUCAGGGAGAUGGUGGACAACGACCUCGGCUUCCAGCAGGUGGAGACCAAGUGUCCCUCUCAGACCAAGACCUUCCUCUUCAUCUCCAACGACAGGAAAGUGGGUGGAUGCCUCAUAGCAGAGCACAUACAAGAGGGAUACAGGGUGAUCGAGGAGCCAACGCCCGAGGGUUCGGAGGGAGAAAAGGUGAUGUUUGAGCGUCAGCGAGCUUGGUGCUGCUCCACAACGGCGGAGCCGGCCAUCUGUGGCAUCAGCCGCAUCUGGGUGGUCAACAUGAUGAGACGCCAGGGCAUCGCCUCCCGCAUGCUCGAGUGCCUCAGGAACAACUUCGUGUACGGUUCAUACCUGAGCAAAGACGAGAUCGCUUUCUCCGACCCCACGCCUGAUGGGAAACUCUUUGCCACGCAUUAUUUUGACACCUCUCAGUUUUUGGUUUAUAACUUUGUGAGUGGAACGCACCCAUCCCAGCCCAACACUGAUGCAGUAUGACAGUCUUCAGGAAAGGUAACCAUGGAUUUGACUGACCAACGGGAGGCGCCAUCUCCAAACGGUGUCUGAUGCUGAAUCUGUAUUUGCAUAACAAUUUUUAAAUAAAAACUGUAAAUUACUCCUUUGGUUUAAAUCUCAGGAUGAAAACAACAAGGUGUUGUUGAAACAUUUUAUUAAUUCACCCUUUAAUCCCUCCCUGAAUAGUAUUUUGAAACAAGAGUAUUUUUCUUUAUACAUUUUUAAGUAAACAAUUGGUUUUAUUCGAAGUAUAGAGUUUACAUGCAUGACCUGACAGCAAUAGAAAACAAAGAGCAUUUCAUUGUUUUUUUGUUUUUAUCCCUGAGAAACAUAAGGUUGCAUUAAAUAAAACGGUUAUUUUAGAGUUUUGUCCUCAUUCAAUUUGAAUGUUUUUUUAACUACAUGAUGUAAACUAUGUGUACAUUGAGUUUUUUUUUCUCAUCUCUUUACAGUUAAAAGUGACGCUGCCUUCGUCUGAGGUUGUGUAAUAAGCAGCAGCGAUAAUAAAGGUCACAACUACACCAUUUCUAUUGGGCGGUUAAAGUUGUCUUCCCCCCCCUCCCCCUCCAUGAUUUCACUGUCAUUUUAUUUUAACGUUUCAAACUGAUCAUCCAAACCAGGAGCGACUCAUUUCAACAAUCUGGUUGAAGAGAUGUGGGUUAGAAAUGUAGCUUGGGCAUUAAUUGUGUGCUCUAAUUUAAUUUUUUUUUUAGAUCACUUCGCCUGAAACGUUGUGUUUUCGAGCUGAGCCAUAAACUAUUCACCGUUUAGCAGGGCAUUGUAGCCGUUACUGUGUGAGUGCUGUCUUAUAAGUUCACUGAGGCUGUCUAUUGCUUUGUUUGUGCCUGAAUGAAUAAUGUGAGACUUAAGAAGUUGAUUUGUUUUCUUAGCCAUGCGGCAUGGCCUUUUUAUUGAGUUAGUAUAGAGUAUCAUCCUCCUAUUCCUUUAGUAACAACAAAUUAAAAUGUGUAUCAAAUUAUCAUGUAGAGUUAUGCAUCCUAUAACGACAUUUAUAAUGGAUGAGCACGGCCUGGAGGCCCAGGUGGUGACUGGUAUUGGAGCGAUGGUAAAUGUCGUCCAGGUUCAGCCUUUACGAUUGCAAACGGGAAUAUUUGCUCAGUGAUCAACGCGAGCGUUCGAGGUGAACCUCUACACCCCUCUCAACACAGAUUUACAGUAUCAUUGUAACCCAUCCCUUAUUUUCUUCUUCCUUGUUCAAGCAGACGCUUUUAGAAAGAUGUGUCGUGUAAGAAAAAUACAUUUGAUUUAUACGAAGCUGUUAUGUAAAUAUUUAUUUAAAUAAUAAACGAUUUAAAACCUUUUUUUCGCUCGGUUCUCUUCUUGGAAGAAACGUGUGAUCUGAGCUUUUACGUACAUUUACUGCUGACCCCAUGACUCCUGUUGUUGUGUUGGUCACCAAUGCCAUCUAGUGGACAUUGCUGUUUGUGUGUCAGUGACGUUUAAAAGUUUUUACUGAGCACUAUUUUGCUGUAAAUACACUCAUUAUCCCCAGAAUGAAAAUGAAUAUAAUUUGUAGCUUUUUAAGACACAUUCACGUUUAAGAUAAGUGCAAAAAUGGCGGAAAUUGUGUGGCUGUUUUCUCUUUGUAGUUGCAGAUGUAAACACUCCCCUCUUAGUGCAUUCCUCGACACUCCUGUCACAACACGGACCAGCUCGAUGGCAACUUCUGAGAAACAAAACAACCUAAGAACAACAUGGAUACUUCCUCAGGCGGAGAGUGAGAAAACAGCUCCCACUGAUCAGCAGGAGAAAACAACCCAGCGGAGCUUCCUAAGGUAUCUUUAACGCGCCGGUCACCUUGGCCUGUUGACUUUCUCUUGACGCUCGGAUCCUCUCGCUCUGACUUCCCCCUAAAUGCACUCUACGUUAAACCCAAUCCAGAAUACACAGGGAUUCAACUGGAGUCUGGGAAAAAAAGGUCAUCACAAAGUAAAAGAGAAUACUCAACAUUUGUAAAUACACACUUUUAUUCUCACACACCAAUUUAAAGAGA